UCUCAUGCCUCAUGUGUAAGCAGCCCAGGAUUUCUGCUUCAGCUCACUUCUAUCCCGAUCACCAGGUCUGACAGCCACAGCUCCAUGUCCCAUACCUCCAGGCUUUUUUUUACUAUAAAGGGAGAAGACAAUUCCCUCACACGCCGCGCAGCACUACAGAAGCCAUUCUAUUGAGAAGGCAACUUGCCUGGAAGAAGAGACUGAUAGGGAGAUAGGCUGGUGUCUGCGGGAAGGGAAUUCGGCUCUUUAAAUGCAAGCCAACAUGAGGACCCUUGCUAGUUGGAGAAGCGAGUAGCAGCCAGUGUUCCAUGCAAUGCUACUUUUUCCACUUUCAUUGCAAUAGUAAACAGCUGUCACAAAGCAGAGAAUGAUCCCUCCAAGCAGCACCAUGGGAGACAGUGUAGACAAGGAGGAUGAACUUGGAAAUACUGAACAGCCUCACUCGCCAGCUUCCACCAGUAGCCAAGAAUCAAAGCUCCAGAAACUAAAGAAAUCCCUCUCAUUCAAGACCAAGAGUGUACGGAGUAAAAGUGCUGACAAUUUCUUCCAAAGAACUAAUAGCGACAUGAAAUUACACGUAGAUUUGGAGCCAGAAGACAGUCCAGUCAAUGCCGGACAGAUCCAAAGUUCAGAGACUCAGCCAUCAACCCCUACCAAAGUGACGCAAGCACCUGACAGCAAGGCACAUUUUUUCCAGGAACAUGUCUUUAAAAAGCCCACUUUCUGUGAUGUAUGUAACCACAUGAUUGUAGGGACUAAUACAAAACAUGGCCUUCGCUGUAAAGCCUGCAAGAUGAGCAUUCAUCACAAAUGUACAGAAACCAUCAGCUCCCAACGCUGCAUGGGAAAAUUGCCAAAAGGUUUUCGACGGUACUAUAGCUCUCCAUUACUUAUACAUGAGCAGUUUGGAUGCAUUAAAGAAGUAAUGCCUAUUGCUUGUGGUAACAAAGUUGACCCUGUAUAUGAAACCCUCAGGUUUGGAACCUCUUUGGCACAGAAAAACAAGAAGAGCAGCUCUGGAAGUGGGUCCGAAUCGCCCAAUAGGAGCUCUACAACAGAUUUGGCAGAAGUACCUGAGGAAGGUGAUGCUUCAUAUCUAUUGGAUAUAAACAGACAACGCAGUGACAGUGUUUUCAGUUACUUAGAAAAUGGCUCAGAAAACGUUAGUGAAGAUCAGGAACAGGAGGAUCUAGAUUCAACGGUAACUCUAUAUAAGGAUACAGUAGACAAUUUUGUUGCCUUGUACAAAUUUGUACCACAAGAACAUGAAGACUUGGCAAUGAGACCAGGUGAUAGAAUAACUAUAUUGGAUGAUUCCAAUGAAGACUGGUGGAAGGGUAAAAUAGAAGAGAGAAUUGGGUUCUUCCCUGCUAAUUUUGUACAAAAGGUCCAGGUCAAUGAAAGACUUUUUCGUUGCACAAGAACAUUCAUUGGAAACAAAGAACAAGGGCAGAUAACGCUGAAAGAAAAUCAGAUAUGUUCAAGUUCUGAGAAGGAACACAAUGGUUUUCUCAAAGUGAUCAGUGGGAAGAAAAAAGGCUUUGUACCUAUCAAUGCAUUGGAGAACAUCUGAAUUGAGGAUAUGAAUGUUACUAUAAUCCAAGCUUUCUGAGGAUGCAGGUCUGCAUCAUAUGGUAUCAUGUGACCAAGAUGAGUCACUAUGAAAUGGAUACACAGGUGUGUGAAAAAGGAAGCAGAAGACUUAUUGGACUGUUACUAGUAUUGACAAGAGAUAAUAAUCUGCUAUGUAGUUAAGCAUAAAUGAUUUUGAAUUCUCCCAAGAUGGAAAAUAAAAAUGCUGCAGUAGUGAUAAUAAAGUUUAAUACUGAAGAUAUAGCCUCUCUUUAUGUCUUAAAAUCUGUUAAACCCAGUGUUUGCAUAUUAAAGAACAGGUUUUAAGGAGUAGUGUAACAACUUAUACCAUUGCCUUUACUGGGGCGAACCUGGUUCACUUCUAACCCAUCUCUUUUUUUUGUAAUAUUGAAAAGAAUCAUUUUUCCUCCCUCUACCCACGCUGUAAAAAGUACAGUAGACUGUAAGCUCUAUGGGGCAGAAACUGUGCCUGUGAACAUUUCUUGUACAGUGCUGUGUAACACAUGAUUCAAUUAUAUAUUUAAAAAAAGGAUAUACACAUUAAUGUGAAUGGACAAGUCUUAAAUCAGUUGUAACACUGUCUCUUACCCUUGUAUAGCAUUUACUAUUCAAUAUAAACUUUGUGUGCAGAGUUAUUCAUUUAUUAGAAAACUUUUUUCGUACACCAAAGUUAUGGAAUAAAUUAGUGACAACUUUUACAAAGGUCCAGUAAUGUGACAUUACUAUAUAUACACCGUGUGAAUGUGAAAGAGUUUAAAAUGUUCUUUAUAU